CCGGACGAUUGAACUUCACGCUUUACAUCACAUCAUAAUACAUAUGAUGUGAUUAUAAUAAUUAUGAUGUGAUUAUUAUACACAAACAUGAUGAGUAUUUUGAAACAGGAGCGAGAACUGAUUUAAUCAAGCGAAAUUUUUAAAGCAAAAAUGGUAAAUCAAGACUAGUUUCCAGAAUUGUAGUGAAUGCGGGAACAACAUAAUGCAAAAGAAUAGAACUUCUAGGCUAUUGAGUCUUCAAAAGCUUGGAGCAUUUAUUUUGUGGUUGCAGUUAACUUGCAUACACAGUGGUACUUUGCCAGAUUACCUACUGCAUGAGUUCAUGCCAGACUCCAGAGUUAAUCUGUAUCACAUUGCAAUCCAUGAUACAUCUGGUCAUAUCUACGUAGGCGGGUACAAUGAAUUGUUCAAACUCUCUAAAGAUUUUGCAUUACUCCAUAAUAAUUCGACUUGUAACAUAUUAGAGAAUUGCAUUAACAUCAACAAGGUUCUUGUCAUUGAUUAUGAUAAUGAUCGAUUGAUAACAUGUGGAGGAGGCAACAGUGGAAAAUGUGAAAGUCGUAAUUUGAAAGAUAUGAAGCUGAUUGAUUCAUCUACAAGCCAAGUAGUUGGUCUUGGUUAUCUAUCUGCUGUUGGGUUCAUAGCACCAUCUAGUGGGAGUGAUGCUUUGUAUACUGCUUCAAGUGAUGAUGACCAAUCAUUCCAUUUUGUGUCACGAAGGAGGUUAAAUGAUCUUGGUAAUCGUGGAUCUAGUGAUUCUAUACAAUUAAAACUAGGUUAUGAUAUCCACUACACAACUGGAUUUUCACAUAAUGGCUUUAGUUACUUUGUAUCAAAUAGAGAAGAUUCAUCAAGACUCAGUCGCAUUUGUCAAGAAUGGAUGUAUAUGACCACCUUUUCUGAAAUUCAUCUUUCAUGUAGUGGAUAUGAAUAUGUUCAAGAUAUGUUUGUUGGUCCUGUAGGACAUGAUUUCGCUGAUUCUCUAGGUCUCCAGCCAGGAGCUGUUGUUCUUUAUGGAGUCUUCUUAAAAAGUUCUUCUAUUGCAGAUUCUGCUAUAUGUAUUUUUACAUGGAGUGAUAUUGAUCAUGCAUUUUUUAGAGCAUUAGAAGGAUGUCUUUCAAGUCCAGAAUCAAGCAAUGAACUGAAAUAUGCGGUAGGGAAUAACUGUCCAUAUAAU